CCUGCCUCAGCUGGGGCCCUCCACGUUCAAGGGGCUGGCGGCUACCUCACCAGACUGUGCAUCCCGGAGGUGAGAGGUGGCUCAGGGAGGUCGGGUCACUCAUGGUCUCUCUGUUUCUGUCCACCCAGCCGCCCCGUGGUGCCUCCUUUGAUCCCGCCAAAGAUCCCAGAAGGGGAGCGUGUUGACUUCGAUGACAUCCACCGCAAGCGCAUGGAGAAGGACCUGCUGGAGCUGCAGACCCUCAUCGACGUGCAUUUUGAGCAGCGGAAGAAGGAGGAAGAGGAGCUGAUUGCCUUGAAAGAGCGCAUUGAGCGGCGCCGGUCGGAGAGAGCCGAGCAACAGCGCUUCAGAACUGAGAAGGAACGCGAACGUCAGGCUAAGCUGGCGGUGGGUGCCUCCCCUGCCCUCGGAGUCCAAAUGUUACUUCUUCAGCCAGAUGCCCAUUUUGUUGUUGUUAUUAUUAUUAUUACUAUUAUUAUUAUUUGAA